AUGGUCAAGGCUAAAGGAAACUUCACGAGAUUUUUCAACUCUUCCCCCAACUCAAUAAUCAAAGACAUGGUGUCUGAAUUGAAAGGAGAAGAUGUGGUCUGCCUCAUCAAGAAUUCAGCUACAUUGUCUGGGCCUCUAUACACUUUGCAUGUCUCCCAAAUUCAUAUAGAUCGACCAACCCUGACAGAAAAGGAUAAAGAGGUGAUAAAAACAUGGGGUGCUCGGAAUAAUAUUGAUUUCCUCACUUUGUCAUAUACCCGCCAUGCUGAAGAUAUCCGUGAGGCUCGGGAGUUCCUUUCUAAUCAUUGUGAUCUACAGCAGACUCAAUUUUUUGCAAAAAUUGAAAAUAUUGAAGGAUUGACCCAUUUUGAUGAGAUUCUACAAGAAGCUGAUGGCAUUAUCCUCUCUCGUAGAAAUUUGGGAAUUGAUCUCCCACCGGAGAAGGUCUUUCUAUUUCAAAAGGCUGCUCUGCACAAGUGCAACAUGGCUGGUAAGCCAGUAGUGGUUACUCGUGUGGUGGAUAGCAUGACUGAUAACCUUAGACCCACACGAGCUAAGGCAACUGAUGUUGCAAAUGCUGUAUUAGAUGGGAGUGAUGCAAUUAUUCUAGGUGCAGAGACCUUGCGUGGCUUGUAUCCAGUUGAGACCAUCUCUACUGUUGGCAGAAUAUGUUUUCAGGUGAUUUCAUGUACUUUCUUUUCAGUCAUCUAAGAAUGAGCUAGUUGUCCAUAUUCGGUGCUUUUCUUAUUGGACUAUGAAAUAUGAACUAGUUAACUAGUUUAGUGAGGGUGAUACGAGGGAGAAAUAAAUUAGUGGAAAGGCUUUUGUUUUGACAUUAGAAAUUUUGGAGCAGUGGUAGUCCUAGCUAUAAAAAUGAUUCAACGAUAUAAGUCAUAAAAUAAUAAAAUCGGUAUAUAACUAAAUAAAUAAAAACAAUGUCAAAGAUUAGGAAGCUAUGAUAAAAAUUUCAUAUGCUUUCUUGACAUGCUUGCUUGACAUUUGAGGUCUAGAUAGUUGUGGUUUAUAGUUAUUGCCACAGUAUUGUUCGGGGAGUAUUGUGUCAUUUAUCCCCAACAAUGAAAUACAUAAUUCUUCAAAAUUCUUUUGGAUAAAUCCUUUGUAAUCCAUGUAGGCUCUAGCAUUAGUAGUCAGACGAUAAAUAGCCUUUUCCAGCAAGAUAAUGACUGAAACCUCGAAGGAAUGAAGCAAAAGCCACUAGACAUCAACUUAUUUUAUUCUUAAUUGCUUUAACAGAAAAAUUGGAUGCUAAGAAGUCUAACAAAAUAUAAAAGCUUUUAAAGGAAGUUUAGGGGGCUCAACUAAGUUGAUGAUGCAUCUGAUCUUCCAUUGAGGACAAAUGUUAGGCUGUUCUAGCUUUGGUGUAGGCUAUCUUCUCUUCACCAGUUUCCAGGAACUUAUUGCUUAAACUGGUAAAGUUCAUACCAAACUAAAUAGCAUACCUCAACAAAUGAAAAUUUGGUUGUUAACUAACCUCUUAAAAUCAAAUAUACUAUAUAAACCCUAAACUAACCCCUAAACAAGUCUAGUGAUAAGUUUCGAUUCACGAUGAAUGGUAUUGAUUGAGCUUUCUUUGGUUUGUAUUAAUUAAUUUCUAAACUUUUAAUCAAAGUAAAACUAUCAAUGAGAAGAAAACGCUAGGUGACUAUGGAUACACAAAAUCUAAUCUCAAGCUAUUGAGAUUCCAUUGAAUGAGUGAUCAUGCAAAGACUAAAUGUAAUGGGAGUUAAUUACAAUUUCAGAGUGAUUUCUCAAAGACAUAAACCUAGUUUUCACAGUGAUUUAAUUAAAGAUCAAUGCAGCAAGGCUUCACCUUCUUGUCUAUAUAAUUACUAAACCCCAAUUGUGAGGUUUGUGACUUCCAUGUGCUUAUUGUGAAAUAGAUAUGAUAGCUAGAGUGCAAUUGCAAUAUUGGACUGCUGCAACCCUUAAUUAUGCAGGUAUAUUUUAGCUAUGUCUUCAGUGUUUCCGAGCAUCUAUAUGUUAUCAUGAUCUUUGCAUCCUCUGUCAGAAUAAGCUCUUCACAGAAUCACAUAUAUCUUUUUUCUUGAAAAAAACUUCCAUAGAUUUCUCUCUCUAAACUUCUCUAUCUCUCUUUAAAUCUGGAUUUCCAGAUUUCUCAAUAGUAGGAGCAAGUGUUCUUGACUAUUCUCACUAUUCUCAUAUUCAUUCAACAGGUUUUGAAUGUUUCUACUACAGGUUGAUUAAUCCGAUUGUGGUUGCACCAACAAUGGCUGCUGUAGGUUUAGCAUUUUUCAGCUACAAGUUUCCUCAAGUUGGCAGUUGUGUUCAAAUAAGCAUACCCCUUAUAGUGUUGCUUCUUUUCUUCACCUUAGUGAGAGCUGUCUUAUUGCUAUAAGUGGUUGUUGUUUGCUAAACUGAAAUCUGAUUCACAUCUAUGGUGAUAUGAGCUAUCCAUAAAUGUAAAAACUUCAAUGAUUAUUCAAGAUUUUGAAAGCUAUGUUCCCCCUGAUUUCAGUAAAUUCGGGGAGUAUCUAUAUCAGGCCAUCAAAUUUUCCGAAUUUAUGCGUGUUGUGCCUGCUGUGCUGUGAUGUCGAAUUUUCCUGUGUUGGUGUUGCUAUGUUGCUGUCUACUUCCUUUUGCAGUGCUGUGUUGCAGUUUCUGGGGUGCUGUGAUGCUGAGUUGAUGUGCUUGCUCUGCUGGUUUGGUGUUACACUGUGUUUCGUUAUUUUUGUAGCCUGUUGAGCUGCUUAGUUUGGGCUGUUUAAUUUAAUUAGAUGUUUGCUAUUUAUAUGCUUCAUGAGAACAGGUUUUUGGAGUAUUAGAAGUAAAUUUUGUAACUUUAUAUAUAUGUUAGUGUUUAUAUAUCAAUUUUAGU